GGGAGGGAAUGGAAUAGUUAAGAGGGAAUACUCAUUCCCUCCUAAGCCCUCAAAAUUUCAAAUUUUUGUUUCUCCAAAUUGGGAGGAAUAGAAGGGAAUGAAUUUAGAUUUAAUGAAAAUUUUAUUGAAAUUCCUAAAUUACCCCUUGAAUCUUAGCCCUCUUUAUUUUCAACCAGCCGUACCAAUAUUUUUGCUCUCUCUUUGUCGCUCCUUCUUUCUCACGCUGCUACUAAUCACAACCAGCCAUACCCAACUAUGAGUUUUUCAAUUGUUUUUGAUUUCAUUGAUUUAGUUACUAUUAAAAAGUUUUUUAAUUGUUUCAAUUGUUUUGCUUUCAUUGAUUUUUUCUCAACUAGCCGUACUCAACUAUAUGUAUUCUGCUUGUGCUUGUGUGAGUGUAGUUUGCUACUCCUUCUUUCUCACGUUGCCGCUAAUCUCAACCAGCCAUACCCAACUUCUAAACCUGCAACCAAGAAGUGGAUGACAACACCUAUGGCCAACUACUCUUAGAUGACACAACUUUGGGCUAAAGAUAGAGUAAAAGGUAAUCAUGUUGAAACUGCAAAGGAGAAAAGUGCUAGGUAUGCUGCAUUGACCACUAUUGAUGAGAUUGAUAAUUUGGUAUCCCAAAAUGAAGCUUCUUUGGAGAACUUUGAAGUCGAAGAUGAUCAAAGGUCACCAGAAAUUAAUGUUGUACAUUCUCGAGUGUCAUCACAAGAUGCAAUGUCUUCUAAAAGAAAGAAAAGACGACUGGCAGAAGAUGAUGAACUUGGGAAUGUAAUUUCCCAGUCAUUUGAUAAUGUAUCUAUGGCAAUUGAUAGGGCGACUGAGGUUAUGGCAAAGUGCUUUUCAAAGUCAUAUAGAGCAGAAGUUCAUGCAGCUUUGGACGUAUUGGACUUAGAUCCAAUAUCAAAGACUGAGGCCUACAAAUUUUUGAUGGAAAAUCCAACAUAUAAGGAGAUGUCCUUUGGUUGCCCAGAUCAUGAGCACAAAUGUGUCUUAUUGACACUGAUGUCUAGGUCUAAAAAUUAAAAAGUGUGGGAUUUUUUGGCCAACCUUAGUUUUGGAAUGGAUUAUGUUAUUUUGUUUUGUU